AUGGCCGAGGUCGCGAGCCGGUCCAGCGACGAGGAGUCCGCUCGAACCGCCGUCAAAGUUGUUGUCCGCAUACGACCACCGCUGAAAGCUGAAGACCCCGGCUUCGAUCUCAUACCGCAACGAUUCCGCGAGAGCACCUGCGAGGUCCCCAACUCCCACACUUUGCACAUUCAAUCGCCGCAAAAGAAGGAAGAAUUCAUCUUCGACCGGAUAUUCGACGAGAACACGAGUCAAGAAGGACUUUGGGAGUAUCUGAGUGACAGUGUAACAUCAUUCGUCAAGGGAUACAAUGUUUCAAUACUGGCCUACGGACAGUCGGGAUCCGGCAAAUCAUACACCAUGGGAACAUCCGGUCCGGAAGACCAGGCUGAUCCAGAGGUCAAAGGCGUCGUUCCCAGAGCAGCGCAAGCCCUGUUCGAGGCGCUGAACGGGUCAUCGUCACGACCUUCUGGACUUCAAACACCGAAGCGAUACUCGGUACAAAACAUGCCCAGUAUUGCCGGUGUCGCGCGAGGCGGGAAUGCCUCCUCAAAAAGCUGGGAACUCAGAGCAACAUAUGUGGAGAUUUACAACGAACAGUUUCGCGACCUCCUGGUCCCCGAGGCUGUGCCACAACAUGAACGUGGGCAAGUCUUGGUUCGUGAGGACGCCAAGGGUCGGAUAAUGCUCACUGGCCUUACGCAAUUGCCCAUCAACUCCGCCGAGGACGUUCUCAAUGCGCUGAACUUUGGAUCAACCAUCAGACAGACGGACGCCACGGCCAUCAACGCACGAUCCUCACGAUCACAUGCGGUCUUCAGCUUGAAUCUGAUCCAGAAGAAGGCGGACGGACGAUCAGCUCCACUCACAAAAGCCGAAAAGCAUCGGUCAAUGCCUACCGAUGAUGUUCCUGGCGCCGAGAAUAUUGUAACACUCGACAGCAAGCUACAUUUUGUGGACUUGGCUGGCAGUGAGCGCUUGAAGAACACUGGCGCCACGGGCGAACGAGCCAAAGAAGGGAUUGCCAUCAACGCGGGAUUGGCGAGUUUGGGCAAGGUCAUCUCACAGCUGUCCACGAAACAGGGUAGUGGACACAUCUCGUACCGCGACGCCAAGUUGACUCGAUUACUGCAAGACUCUUUAGGAGGCAACGCCAUCACGUUCAUGGUGGCUUGUGUCACACCCGCAGCUUUCCACCUCAGCGAGACUCUCAACACCGUUCACUAUGCCUACCGAGCGAGAUCUAUCCAAAGCAAGCCGACGAUUCAACAGAGUCACGAAGAUGGAGACAAGCAAGCAGUCAUCGAUCGUCUGCGCGCCGAGGUGUCGUUCCUUCGAGAUCAAAUCCGGCAUAACGAAUACAACGCGGGCCGUAAUAACGACAAGGGUGAGCGAACGGACCGUCCUCGAGGUCGGGAAACUGAGCUGCAGUCCCAGCUGCUUGACAUGCGCGAGAACUACAACGCACUCAGCGGGCGCCAUGCGAAACUCAUUUCCGAGAUCUCCAAGAGUCGGGACAAUGAAGAAGCGGAAACACCACUGUUGAAUGAGGCGAUUGGCGAGCACGCCAGCGAACGAAUCAAGCGAUCCAACUCUUUCGCCGAAGCCGUUGAGCAGGUGGUGCUGGAGUACGAAAAGACCAUUCAAAGCCUGGAGACAUCACUGUCAAAGACGAGAUCAUCGCUUGCAAGCACCGAGAGCACUCUGCUUGAGAAAGAGACGCGUAUAGCAUACCUGGACACUAUUCAACAGCAGCUGCAAGCUCGAGUUGCCAAAUACAUGGAACGAGAAGCGGACAACGAUUCAUAUACUCGGACGUUGGAGGAGAAGAUGCACGGUGCGACCACAGAUGAGGAGCGCAACGCAACGUUGAUCUCGGAACUCCGCAAAGAAGUGGCUCGUGCGAGGGACAGCGAAGUGGGAGCUGAGGAGUACAUUUCGACACUCGAGGAGCGACUGGCAGAGGCUGAGCAAGACCAUGAGAUGAUGCAACGGGAAAUUGACCGUCUUGAACAUGUUGUUGAGCGCCAGCGCAGCAUCGGCAGAUUGGACAACAUUCUGACUGAGCUCGAUGGCGGUCACGAUGGCGAGGCCAAGGUCAAUGGAGAUUCACAUCUUCCUCAAGCAGUGCAUGCCGCAGCCAACGGCCACAUUCGCGAUUCUGUACGCUCAUCGGCUCACACUCGCUACAGCAGCGAUGGCUCGGAUUACAUGGAGCGCGAUAUCUCUCAGCCAACGCCCGAGACAAUUCCAUCCUCAAUUACGGAAGCACCGCGCAGUCCAGCUCAGGCGGAGUUCAUGGCCGAGAAGUUGGAGAGCCUGACGCAGGAGUUUUUCGAUCUUCGCUCGGAGCAUGAGAAUGUCCUCACGGACUACGAUCUCCUCCAGCAAAAGUAUCGCACCGCUCUCGAGACUUUGGCGAAAAUGGAGUACGAUAAGGACUCGGACCGAGAUUCGACUCCAGGCCGUUCGCCCGUCGAGCAGGAUGUCAUCCUGCAAGAAAUGGAAACCCUGCGAAAACUCCAUGCCGAGAAGGAGGUCUCGGUGACCGAACUCACCAAGAACUACAUGAGUCUUGCCCAGCGACAUGAAGCUACACUCUCACAAGUCGAGAGCCUCAAACAAGAGGUCCAAAAGUCGCAGCAGGCGCGCGCGGCAUCGCCUACAGUACCAGCAUCUCCCUCGACCUUCCCCAAGAGCUGGAGAAGGAGGUCCGAGGAGCUCCUCAGCAACAGCUCUGACCGUGCGGCGAGAUCUUACGUGACGCUGAAGACGUUGGUAUUGAACAACUUCGAGGACCAGGCCGAUGUCCGCCACACAUUCGAGCAGAACCUGAACAACGUCAUGGCCGAGCUGCACUCGCGAUCGGAGAGGGUGCAAGCGCUUGAGGCGGAGAUUGGUACUGUCAAGAAGGAAAUGGACACGAAGCAGACCAUCAUUGCAGGCCUCACCCGUGAGCGUUCAAGCAUGGCGGCAUCCUCUGCCGUUGACUUUUCAGUCGUUGGUCAAAUGCGUGAUCAACUGAUGGAGAGCGAGAACCAAAUUCGGGCUCUACACGAACAGCAUGCCGCGAGAGAGAAGGAACUUCAGGAACAGGUCGAGAGUCUGAAGACAUCGCUGGAUGAUCAUCAAAAGGCGAAUGCCGAGUCGUUCGCGAAUAAAGAGAUCACCGAAGAACAAGCAAUGGCUGGCGCUGCUCAGUCCAACGACUCAGAAGAGGUCGCCAGGCUGCAAGAACAAGUCGCAACAUGGGAAGGCAAGCAUCGCGAGGCUGUUGACAGCAUGAAUGUAUCCCAGGAGAAACUCAUGGCAACGAUUUCGGAGCUGCAAGAAUCGUUGCGAGCUGCGGAAGACAAGGGCGCUUCACGAGAAGCUGAAAGCUCGGAUGGCAUCUCCGCUGCCCUUGAGGAGCAGCGCGUGAAGCAUCAGGAGAUGGUCGACGCGUUGACUGCAGAAGUGGAGAAGCAUCGAUCCCUCGCGGACGAGCAUGUUUCAAAGCUUGACGAACUGCAGAAAUCCUACGAUGCCGUCCGAAAGGAGGCUGAAGAUCAUUCGCAGUCGCGCGAGCAGGCUCAGACGGACCUAAGCACACACAAGGAUCUGGUCGCAAAUCUGGAGAAUCAACUCCAAAUGCACAAGUCCGCGAUUGCGAUUCAUCAGGAGAGCUUGGAGACGUUGCAAUCUUCGCAUACAAAGGAGAUUGAGGAGCUGCAGCAAUCCAUGGCGAACCUCGAGAAUGAGACCGCCGCGAAGCAUGAUGCUCUGGAGGACAGCUACGAGGCCGUCGUCACCGAGCUGGAGAAGGAGCUUGAAGAUGCGAAGAGUCAAGCGAAGAACCUUUUGCUUAGUGCUUCAGCGGCCCUCGGCUACGAGACCAGUGCGACAGCGUUACAAUCGCAGAUUGAGGGACUCGUUGAGGAAGGCAAGGAUCUGCACACACGACAUCUCAAGACGACCAACGAGCUCAAGGAUGUUCAAGAAGAGCUCCAGAGUGCCAUCAACCGCUCUGUGGAAUUGGAGAGCCAGAUCGGGGAGCUCAAGACUGUCAGUGAGGAACGUGCCGAGAAGCUGGAGAAGAUGACGGAGAAGUACAACAAGAGCUCCACACUCUGUGAGCAACUCGAGGAGCAGCUCAACUCUACGUAUGACACACAUCAAGCGACGACGAACCGACUGUCGACACUGCAAUCAGAGUCCGGUCAAGCGCGAGUGGAAUUGGAGAGGGAGUUGGAAGAGGCCAAGUUCAGGAGUGCUCAUCUCGAGCAUCUCUCCAUGGCGUCCAACGGUUCAUCAACAGCAAUCAACCGAGACUCCCUCUCCCCAGAAGUCAACUCCACCGCGCCCGCUCGAUCCAGUUCAGCAGGUGCACAGCGCAAAACCGGAGGCGGCGUCCUCCCCACCCCACCACCCUCCAUCCCCCUCCCACCCCUCCCACCCCUCGGCACACCCACAGCCGGCAGCUUCGACGGCCCUACAUCACCCACCCCCCGCGGCCGCUCCCCCCACCCCGCCGCCACCUCACCCCCGGGCUCCGCCCACGGCUCCACCGACAUACCCCCCAGCCCCGCCGUCAUGCAACUCAUCGAAGAACAAGAAACCCGCAUCCGCACGAUUGAAAAACACCUCUUUGCGGAAAAACAACUCACCGCGACGCUGGAAGAAGCUCUCGUGGAUCUCGAAACGAGCGCGAACAGGACGAAGUCGGAGAUGGAGAAUUGGCGGAAGAAGUGUACGGAAUUGGAAGAUGAACUCGUCGGCUUGAGGAAGGAGAGGACGAAUUCGAGGGCGAGCGUGCAGGCGGUGGAGGAGGAGAGGGAGAUGAGACGGCGGGCGGAGACGGCGCGGUUGGCGUUGGAGCAGAGGAUGGCGGAGUUGAAUGCGAAUAAGAAGAAGAAGAAGAGCGGGCUGAAUUGCUUCUAG